AUGCACAUGUACCUCACCCUCCAGAUCCUUGCAAUGGCCACGAACACUACAUCUCCUGCAGGACCCUCCUCCCUAGGUGUCAUGGCUAUCACCCUACUGUCAGUGGCUCUGGCGGUGGGGGUCCCCGGCAACAGUUUUGUGGUGUGGAGCAUCCUGGGAAAGAUGCGAAAGCGCUCUGUCACCGCCCUGCUGGUGCUGAACUUGGCCCUGGCUGACCUGGCCGUCUUGCUCACUGCCCCCUUUUUCCUCCACUUCGUGGCCCGAGGCACCUGGAUUUUUGGAGUGGCCGGCUGCCGCCUGUUCCACUAUAUCUGCGGAGUCAGCAUGUACGCCAGCGUCCUGCUGAUCACGGCCAUGAGUCUGGACCGCUCGCUGGCGGUGGCCCGCCCCUUUGUGUCCCAGAAGCUGCGCACCAAGGCGGUGGCCAGGUGGCUGCUGGCAAUCAUCUGGGCGGCGUCAGUCCUGCUGGCCACGCCCGUCAUCGUAUACCGCACCGUGGCACAGGACCCGAACAACAGGAGCCUGCUCUGCUUCCCGAAAUACGACACGGAAAGACACCGGGCCUUCCACCUGCUCUUCGAGGCCCUCACCGGCUUCCUGCUGCCUUUCCUGGCCGUGGUGGCCAGCUACUCCGACAUCGGGCGCUGCGGUGUGCUCAUCGCGCUGGCCUUCCUGAGCAGCAGCGUGAACCCCGUGCUGUACGCGUGCGCCGGAGGCGGCCUGCUGCGCUUGGCCGGCGUGGGCUUCAUCGCCAAGCUGUUCGAAGGCACCGGCUCCGAGAUGUCCAGUACCCGACGCGGGGGCACCCUGGGCCAGACGGCGAGGGGCGCCCCCGGCCCCAAUGAGCCUGGCCCGGCCGAGAGCCUCACUGCCUCCACCAACCCUCUCGAGUGAAGCAGGCCCCGGGGAGGGGUGGUGGUGGAAGGACACUUGCUUUCCUCCUGGCGGAAUGCCCCACGCUGGCCUGACCCAAUUCUGCACCUCCAGGAGAAGGCGUGUCGGGGUGGAGCGGAAGGAGAGGGUGGGGAGGGGCAAGUAGGGGCAGAGUCAGCGCCUGGGCAGCUUUGCAAUUAAAACCGAAGUCUGAAAUUGGGUUAA